AUGUCCGUCGGUCAAGGAGACACUGGCUCAGGCGGCAGUAUCAUCCAAAGCGCUGGUCCAACAACAGCGUCCAACAGUGCGGGCGGUUCCAUCACAAUUCGAACAGGCUUCUCCAGUUUAUCGUCAAGUGGAAGCUACACCCUUGCCUCAGCGAACGCUGGGUCAACCGGCUCAUCUGGGUACCUCAGCUUCAGCACAGGCAGUACAUCGGCAGGGUCGUCUGGCAACAUCGCGCUUGGCUCUGGCACUGCGAAUGGUGGUGCUGGCGGGUCUGUGGCUGUCACUGUGGGCAGCGGCACGCAUGGCGUUGGUGGCAGUAUCUCGCUCUCGGCGGGUACAGCUAAUGGCGCUGCGGCGACUUUGGGCGGCAGCAUUUCGUUGACAGCCGGUACUGGCAGCUCGGCGGGUGGUGCGAUCACUCUUCUCAGUGGUUCGUCGCCGACGGCGAGCUCUGGUGCGAUCACGAUGGCGUCGGCCGCGACGGUGGGUGGUGCGCUCUCGGGCAACGUUGCGGUAUCAAGUGGCUCGUCUGGUUUUGGUAACACGGGCACGGUGACAAUUGCCAGCGGCGUCGCGACAGGCUCGACGGCGGGUAUCGUGACGAUCUCGGCCGGUGCGACAACGACGCCGACGGGUGCUGCAGUCUCUGUGGUUGCGGGUCUGUCGUCGACGGCGCAAGGCGGUUCAUUGACGCUUGCAUCGGGUGUCGGGUCGGCUACUAGCAGCGGCAACGUUGCAGUGACCACGGCUAACGCGGGGACGUCUGGUGUCUCGGGUGGCUUGACGUUGAGCACGGGAGUGCCGUCGCUUGGUAACUCGGGUGCUAUUUCUAUGACGACGGGCAAUACGGCGUACAGCGGCAGUGGCGGUGCGAUCUCAAUCACGGUCAGUGGCACGCAUGGCGUUGGUGGCAGUAUCUCGCUCUCGGCGGCUCUGGUGACGCUGGCGUCGUCGGACUCGGCUGCUGGCAGCGGAAGUGUGACGCUCUCUAGUGGCACGUCGAACUCGGGUAGCUCUGGCUCAAUCACCAUUGCGAGCGGACUCUCUAACCGCUCUGGUGCCGGUGGCUCGAUCACGAUCUCGUCGGGCAACGGCGUAGCUGGUACGGGCGGCUCGGUUGCGAUCACAGCUGGUUUCUCGACGGCCUCGACUUUGGGUUCGGGCGGCGCCAUCACGCUCACGUCGGGUGUGGGGUCGGCCACUAGCAGCGGCGACGUUGCGGUGACCUCGGCGGCCGGCGGUACAGCUGGUGUUUCGGGCCAGCUCAGCUUGAGCACGGGCACAGCGGGCGCUGGGUCGUCUGGCAACAUCGUGCUUGGCUCUGGUGUUGCGACGGGCGGUGCUGGCGGCUCUGUGUCUGUUGCCGUGGGCAGUGGCACGCAUGGCGUUGGUGGCAGUAUCUCGCUCUCGGCGGGUACAGCUAAUGGCGCUGCGGCGACUUUGGGCGGCAGCAUUUCGUUGACAGCCGGUACUGGCAGCUCGGCGGGUGGUGCGAUCACUCUUCUCAGUGGUUCGUCGCCGACGGCGAGCUCUGGUGCGAUCACGAUGGCGUCGGCCGCGACGGUGGGUGGUGCGUUCUCGGGCAACGUUGCGCGGCGUCGCGACAGGCUCGACGGCGGCGGCGUCGCGACAGGCUCGACGGCGGGUAUCGUGACGAUCUCGGCCGGUGCGACAACGACGCCGACGGGUGCUGCAGUCUCUGUGGUUGCGGGUCUGUCGUCGACGGCGCAAGGCGGUUCAUUGACGCUUGCAUCGGGUGUCGGGUCGGCUACUAGCAGCGGCGACGUUGCGGUGACCUCGGCGGCCGGCGGUACAGCUGGUGUUUCGGGCCAGCUCAGCUUGAGCACGGGCACAGCGGGCGCUGGGUCGUCUGGCAACAUCGUGCUUGGCUCUGGUGUUGCGACGGGCGGUGCUGGCGGCUCUGUGUCUGUUGCCGUGGGCAGUGGCACGCAUGGCGUUGGUGGCAGUAUCUCGCUCUCGGCGG